AUGCUUCGAAUCUCGGGCUUUUCUGAGCGCCUCUCCUCGGCUCACUGAACGCGGCGGCGACCCGAUGAAAGGCCAAGGAAGAUGAACGCGACGAGCCUCUACGUGACCACUUGCCGGCUGGUCAUGCAAGCAGAGCCAGAGAACCGCGAGAGCUGGACAGAGCUGUAUAAGUUGCUGCCUUACCUGCGCCAGUCCCUUUCGUGUACCGUCUGCGGCCAGCUGCUGAGCGAGCCCUUGACCCCCACGGAAACCACCUGCCAACACCAUGUGUGCAGGAAGUGCCUCGGGGGCAAGAAGAGGCUCAAGCCCACCUGCAGCUGGUGUAAGGACUAUGGCAUGUAUGUUGACAAUGUCCAGAUCAAGCUCGUCCUGCAGUGUUACAGGAAGCUGUGUGAGUACAUCAAGUUCACACCCAUCUACUGCAAGCUGUGCUCCAUAUAUAACAAUGGUGGGCAGUUCAGCCUGACGGACAUGAUAGACGAGGCCAUAGGGAACAGUGGCACAGGCAGAGGCGAUGAAUCCAGUUCCAAUAGUGUGCAGUGUGAGAGUGAGAGUGAUAGCAAAGAAAAUAUCUCUAUACCUCAAACAAGUGGGGCAAAUCUGCUCAUCACACCUGUAAAUACCUCCCAUAGUGUUACUCCUAAACAGCAGCAGUCAUGGCCGAUUUCCACGCAGGCGCCCACCCUGGCACAGCCUACUCCGGCACUGCCUCCCCCGGCACAGCCUACCCCGACACAGCCUACCCCAGUACAGCCUACUCCGGUACAGUCCUCCACCCUCAACGGUCAACCUUGGGUUGGUCCAUGUUUCUUCUCCUCCACCUGUCAACUCCAUAGCACAGCCAGUUUCCUGUCAUCCAUCUGGCUCUGUCAACACUGUCAAGUCCGUAAUUCCCACCCCAGCACCUGUGAUGCAACAAACCACGCAGCAUUUUCAACCGCAGGCCGUUGCAACGACAUCCUGUGUGACGUCCGGAUCAGGUUUGGUACCAGGUACAAUAUUCCCAAGUACAAAUAUUGUUAAGCACAGUGUUAUUAAGGAAGCACCUUACCCAAAACACAAUUCCUCAGUGAACAAUGGGUCCUCCAUGUACUCAGUAAUGUAUGCCGAUGGUGAUAGUACAAAAAUAACCAUCAAGAGGAAGCCUCCAGAUAUGGAGAGUACGAAUAAAAGUGUUCCCGUCGAGCCAGAAACUAUAGCGCCUUCGACGCAAGAACUCAUUAAAGCGGAAGGGAUGUCGUUGUGGUAAUGCAACACCUACACCUGGGAAGUUGACGUGUUGUGGGCAGAGAUGCCCAUGCUAUGUGGAGGCCAAGGCCUGUAUUGAGUGUCGGUGUCGUGGAUGUCGCAACCCACACCGGCCAGGUGGAAAGAAGGUGCGGCCGGUCAUACCUCAGCUUGCCAACAUCCAAAUUCACCAGGUGCAGCCUGUGCAUGGGCGGAGUUCGGCUUCUUCAAUAGUGUCGGGGACAACCACCACUAGCGCCAGCAGCAUUAUGCAGACACCUAUUUCCUCAGCCACCAUAACAAACACAACGCUACCACAAACGAUAAGAGCAGUACAGGCAAUGCAGGCAGUACAGGCAGUGCAUGGUGUGGGUACAAUGCAGGCAGUGACUGGUGGUGUACAUCAACUGAUAAGUUUAGGAAGGGGGGUUGUACAGGCACCAUUACCGCAGGGGCUAGGAGUGCAUCCUGUGGCGGGCCUUGCAGUGAAACCCGUAAGUUUGGCCCUUACCUCUGUUCCCACACAGCUCCUGAUUAAUGAUGACAGAUCCACAUCCAAUAGUGCUUCAGACACAAGUGAUGUUGAGGUGGAUAUAUAGCACAGGUACAACAAAUUG